ACAGGGGUGAAUCCGUGAAUGUAAUCCGUCCGUCCGACCGACUCCGACUCCGGCUCCGGCGAUAUACCACCCUCGGGAUAUUGAGGAGCCGGGAGGAGAAAAAUGCUGCGGCGACCGGCGGCGAUGUUGGCGCCGCGGAGCCUGCGGAAGGCGUCCAUCCCGCCGUCCCUGGUCUCCGACCCCUCGCCCGGCAGCCUCCAGCCUACCCGCCUCGCCGUCCACGUUAAUCCCGCCGGCUCCUCCUGCUCCGCCUACCUCGCCUUCGGCUGCCGCGUCUACAAGAUAGAGGUAUCCAUGGAGGGUGAGAUAUUGUCCAAAGGCAAGGAGAGCCUUUUGAUCCCUAUCAAUGCAGAGGUCAUAAGCUCAUCUGUUGUGGACCGCUGCCCACAUCGUUCAGAGAUUCAGAGUGUUGUUCUUGCAGAGGGUGAAGGUGAUGGCUGCUUGAUUCUUGGAACAGUUGACUCUUAUGGUCACCUUAUUGUAUCUCGGUUGGACAUUGUGGCUGAUGACAUUGACAGGAACUCCUAUUCAGUACCACCUCGUGAUUGUGGUGUUGGAGAAGGAAGUUGGGCUGGGUUAUGUUUUAGUCCGAUGCACCAAUCCACGGUAGCUGUUGCUCGUGAAUUGUGCAAGUGCAUUGAUAUCUAUGAUCAGGACAUUCAUGUUCGCAGUUUACGUACGUUAUGGUAUCCAUCUUCACUUAGCUUUGCCCAAUGCAUGCCACAAGUGAAUGAAAGUGGUUCAAUGUUGGUAAUUGCUGAGGGAUCUCAGCUGAGCAUAUGGGACUUAAGAAUGAGCAAUAAUGGAGGAUGCGUACAGCGCAUUUCUGGCCCUAUUGGAGGCAUCAUAUAUGCUGUCUGUAGUUCUCCUUCUGGACUCAUUGCUGCUGGUGGUACUGAUCGUACUGCUGCCAUCUAUGAUCCACGCAGGUGGUCGGCCUUGUCAAGAUGGGUUGGGUGCUCCAAGUACGAGAUUACAGGCCUUUCGUUUUCAUCAAUUGAUGAAUCCUCCAUUUAUGUCCAAGGUGUUGAUUAUGAGAUUACAUGUGGACUUUGGAAGGAAAAUGAACGAGCGUUCUCAUUUCGAGGGGACUCUAACUGGUUGGGUUUUUCAAAGUGUGCAAAUACAGAUGUGGUGGCUGGGUGGUGCGAAUCUGGAAGUGUUUUUGUUGCUGAUGUUAGGCAGGAUUGUCUAUCAGUAAUCGGGUAAAGAGGGUACAAGCACCAUCAGUAUCUAACAUCUGGAAGCUAGCAACAAGCGAACAUUCGUUUUCAGAGGCCCUUUUAUCAUCACCUUUCCGAACGGAAUCAAGGAUGGACAGAAUCUUACCCCCCUCAUUUGCAUUAGAAUCCUCAACUAUUAUUUGGAGAGGUGAUGCAACUCAAGUGCUGUUCCGCCUUUUUUUUUCCAACUUCGGUAGGGGCCUUUUGGAAGCACUUCUAGUUCUAGGACGUGUUCUACUGGUUCAUGUACUUUACAUGAGGAACCGUACUCUUAUGUAUGAGCUGUAAUAUUUAGUUAUCCUUAAGACGAAUCAUUGAGUCUUAGGUCACAGAUGAAAAAUACGCUAAAGAGCUGCGUUGGCUUACGAAAUUCAUCCUGAGAAUUAGAGCCACUGGUUGUACUCCGUAUUAUCCUUUUAUGCUGCACUGCACUUUCAAGCCAUCCAAAUUCUGUACUUCUGCCAAGGUUAUUCUGGAAGAAAUCCAUCAUAAUUUCCCUUGAUAAUGUGACAAUACAGACACAUAUGUACAUGCAAUUUGAGCCGAUGCACCAAACAGAGAAUCAGAAGUAACGCCUAACUAGAGAUUAGACCAGCUUACCAAGAUUAUACCUGUCUAGUACUCAGAACUC